GGGGGGAGUCGGGUCCGGGAAUGCUUUGGAGAUGGAGAUGUUGGGGUUUCAGCAGCAGACAGGGGAAGGAGAAAUGGAGGACUUGAAGCCGGUGAUCGACGUGUUUGAUGUUACGGGAGGAGAUGAGGUGAAGGAGGAGGAGGAGGUGGUGAUGGUUAAGGCGGUUGCCGGUGAGGGGAACGGAUUUUGUUUCAGCACCAAGACCAUUGAACUCAAAGAUGAGGCCAGCACCAUUGAACAUGUGCAGGAGCAUGAUCUAAAAGUGGCUGCUUCCUUAUUCACACUUACAAACCAAACGGCAAAAACGGAGGAAAAAUACAAGAAAAACGAAGAUGGAGGCAAUUUGGGUGCUGGCCGAUCGACCGCGGGUUGAGGUCCGGUCGACCAGAAACGUGCACGAAACAUGGUCUUAGAACCAUGUUCUGGUCGGUCGACCGAACAUGACUGUGUGGUCGACCGAAGUUGUGCUGGGUUACAGGGUGACAUUUCAACCUUCUGGCCGGUCAACCAGAUGUUCAAGCCCGGUCGACCGCGUAGCGGUUUUGGGCCCAGUUCGUUUCCUGACCUAUUUUGGAUUCCUAUUUGAUAUAAAUAGGAAUAUGACAUUUUUUAGGGUUAGAAGAGAGGCUUUUGAGCUGUGUGAUUGGGAGAUUUGGUGGGAGAUUUGAGAGCUUUGUUUGAGAGAUUAAUUUGUGAGUUUUGAGUGAAAUUGUAAUAUCUAUUUGUACUCUCUCUAAUAGUAAAAUUCAUCCCCUCCUUGCCCUGUGGACAUAGGAAACUUUCCAAACCACGUAAAAUCUAUGUCUUGCAUUGUUUGGUUCUUGUUUUAUCUAUUGGUUGUGAUUCUAUCUCAGCUUGGUUGUGUUCUUUUUGGAUUCCGUUGCGCACAACAAGUGAUAUCAGAGCUUCGGGUUUGACUUGGGGCUCGUUUGGAGGAUUCUCUACAGGAUUCUUGUUUCAAGAGAUCAGGUUAUCAACAUGGGUGAAGCAAGUACAUCGGGAUCGUCUCUUUCGAAGGCGAUAUAGGGUUUGAGCAUCAAUAACACUAAAAUUGAUGUUCAGAAGUUUGAUGGCAAGAUAAACUUUGGUUUGUGGAUGUGUUAGGUGAUGGAUGCAUUAGAUAUCCAGAAUUUGGAGGAGACUCUUGAAUUACAAGAGAAACCCGCUGAUAUGGAGGAGAAGGUUUGGAAGAAGGUUAACAACAGAGCAUGUAGGGUUAUUAGGUCAUGCUUGACGCCGGAUUUGAUCUAUGAUGUGAUGAACGAGACGUCGGCAAAACGGUUGUGGUAAGCACUCAAUGAGAAGUAUUUAACGAAGAGUAUUGAUAAUUUGCUUCAUUUGAAGAAAAAGUUUUACCAAUUCAAGAUGAAGAGGGGAGUUUACAUUAGAGAACAUGUCAAUAACUUCACGAAAUUGCUAUCGGAUAUGGCCAAUGUGGAUAUCAUGGUAGAGGAUGAAGACAAGGUGAUGUUGUUAUUGUGUUCCUUGUCAGAGGAUGAUUAUGGUAUCUUUGUCCUCACAAUGAUUAAUGGUAGGAUCACUGUUAGUUAUAAGGAGGUGACCUUAGCAUUGGUGAAUAAUGAGUUGAGGAAGAGUGAUGACGAAUCCUCCGAGAAGGCAUCGGGAGAUGCAUCGACAAUGAAAGGCCGUAGUCCAAACCGUCGUCCAUUUAAUCGCUCAAAGUCGAAACGGAGAGGUGGCCAUAGAAGCAUGGGUAGGAAUCAAUGUGCUUUUUGCAAAGAGAAUGGACAUUGGAAUAAUGAAUGCCCAAAGUUAAAGGAUAGAGACUGGAAGAAUAAGGGGAAAUUCGUACAAGCUUCAGAGGUGAAUGUUGCCAAAGCUAGUGGCGACAAUCCAGAUUCAGAUUCUUCGGGCUACUCAUGUACAACAGUACUGUCAGUUUGUUAUGCCGACUCUACGCAAUGGUUGCAUUCAGGUGCUACAUACCAUAUUUUCCCUAGGAGGAAUUGAUUCUCUAGCCUUGAGGACUUGGAAAGAGGGGAUGUCGUGCUCAUGGGUAAUGAUCAUGUAUGUUCUAUUGGUGGUAUUGGAAUAGUCCGAAUCAAGAUGUGUGAUGGGAUGACUAAGGAGCUGAAGGAAGUGAGAUUCGUUUCGCAGUUGACGAAGAAUAUCAUUUCACUUGGAACUUUGGAGGUAGAAGGCUAUAGGAUGAUUUUGGAGAAUGCAACUCUGAAGUUCACAAAGGGGGGGUCCAUGGUGGUGAUAAGAGGUGUCAGGGAAAAUAAUCUUUACUACUUGAAGGGUAAGAUAGUAACAGAGGGUCUGACGGCUUCUAUUACCAUAAAGGAGGAUACUACCCGUCUAUGGCAUAUGAGAUUAGGACACACUGGUGAUAAGUUCCUGCAGGUAUUGGUGAAACAGGAGCUGUUGAAAGGUGUAAAGACCUGUUAGAUGGAGUUGUGUGAGUAUUGUUUACUUAGGAAUAAGACAAAAGUGAAAUUCGUCACCGCAAUUCACAACACCCAAUGUAUAUUGUAUUACAUUCACACGGAUGUUUGGGGUCCUUCCAAAUACACAUCACUUGGUGGGGCUAA